AUGUCUAUCAACAUCGAGACUGUGUCCACCCCCCAAAAGGUCGUGCGUGAGCUCGUCGAGCCCGCCGACCCCAAGGCCGUCUACCUGGGCACCAAGAACCGCCUGCCCGAGUUCUCGCUGGCCGACAAGGUCGUCCUCGUCUCGGGCGCUGGUCGCGGUUUGGGAUUAGUCCAGGCCGAAGCCCUGCUCGAGGCUGGCGCCACCGUGUAUGCGCUGGACCGUCUUCCGGAGCCAUCCCCCGACUUUGCCACCAUCCAGGAAAAGGCCCGCGCCAUGGGCACCAAACUCGAGUACCGCCGCAUCGACGUGCGCGACGCCGAGCUGCUGCACAGCGUGGUCGAAGAGAUUGCCAACGCCGAGGGCCGCAUGGACGGGCUUGUUGCUGCAGCAGGCAUCCAGCAGGAGACACCAGCGCUCGAGUACACGGCCAAGGACGCCAAUCUGAUGAUGGAGGUCAACGUCACGGGCGCCUUUAUGACUGCCCAAGCCGUUGCCAAGCAGAUGAUUCGCUUUGGCAAUGGGGGCAGUAUUGUCAUGAUUGCUAGCAUGAGCGGGACAAUCGCCAAUAGAGGCCUCAUCUGCGCUGCCUACAACGCGUCCAAAGCCGGCGUCCUCCAGCUGGGCCGCAACCUGGCCGCCGAAUGGGGCCAGUACAACAUCCGCGUCAACACCAUCUCGCCGGGCUAUAUUGUCACCGAGAUGGUCGAGAACCUGUUUGUCAAGUUCCCCGAGCGUCGCACCGAGUGGCCCAAGCAGAACAUGCUGGGUCGUCUUUCGGGCCCUGCCGAGUACCGUGGUGCUGCGAUUUUCCUGAUCAGCAACGCCAGCAGCUUUAUGACCGGCAGCGAUCUGCGCAUGGACGGGGGGCAUGCUGCGUGGUAA